AUGGUGCAACAUAGCAAAACAGUAGAGGAAGCGACAAAUUCCGCUCAUGCUCCUUUAAUAGUUUAUAUUAAAUGUGUUGACGGAUUUUUCAUCCCCAUGCAAAAAAAUUCACAAAAUAAGAAUAUUCAAUUUAAAGGACUUUUCCAGAUGGACUCAAGUUCAGAACCUUUGGCAAUCUCUGAAAAUUACAAAAAUCUUCUUCAUUCUUUAAUGAUUACAAAACCGUUGUAUUUGGCAACUAAAGUGCGAGAAGCUUUAUAUGAAAAAGACGUGUAUGCUCUAUUAGAGAUUAUAACUACACAAAAAUUAGAAGAAUUGAUUACAGCAUUGAAGAUAAUGAAUGUGAUUGAUCCUGAGUUUGAUCAAGUUGAAAUAGACUUUAAAAAUAACAGAGUGGAUUUUAACAGAUUUUCAGAAAAGCAAGAAAUUUUUGAUAAAGGCAAACUUGAACAGUUUUUGAAUUGGCGCUUUGAUCAGAAUUGCAGUGAAAAACCUAGCUUUAAUGAGGUAAAUUUAAAGUUGAGAGAUAUUUUGUUUAUAAAUUAUGAAGGUUCUUACUUCUAA